AUGUCAUACUACACUCAGCCAACCUCCGCGACGUAUCCUUACGGUGCUUACGCCCAAACACCUUACGCGUAUCAGUCUCCUGCUGGCUACCAGCCAUGGUCAUAUCAUCAGUAUCCCUACGUCCAUCCAGGUGCGCAAGUGGUCAGGCCUGCGACACAAGUACAACCACAACCACAACGACCAGCACCGACACCGACACCGACGGUACCUAGGUCUACGACAUUCCAACCUUACACACCAUCAUAUGUGCGAGACAACACAGCUUCAACGAGCACAGGUGCAGGACGAGGGUCGAGAAAGCAGUCGAAUAUGAAAGGCUUGUUCACCAAAGAGUUGAAGAAUCUCAUGUACGGGUUUGGAGACGACAGAAAUCCAGCAAAUGACACCGUGAAUGUAAUGGAGGAGAUUCUUAUUGAAUACAUCACUGAUGUCUGUCUAGCGGCUGGCGGCUCAUCAAAGAAAGGCCGUUUAUCUGUUGACGACUUACGUCGUGUUCUCUCGCGGCCAGCCGACUCGAAGAAGCUGGCUCGAAUGGAGGAGCUGCUGUUCAUGCAGGAAGAUAUCAAACGUGCUCGAGCGCAAUUUGAUGAUGCAGACAAUCCGAGAGGCUUAUAA